ACUCUUCUGUUGGCUUUCUUCUUUCCCGGGCGUUGGAUUUCUCCCUCCUAGGGUUUUCACUCGUUCGACCAUUGCCACGGAACUUCUUAUCAAUGGCGAUGAUAACAUCUCUAAAAACCCUAUCCAUUCUUCAAUACACUUCUCUUUCCACUUCGUCGUCUCACCGAUUUUUCCCGUCCAGGUCUCUGCCACUUCGUUCCCAGUCCAUUACCACCGUCCCUUCCCCAAAAUCAAACAGCCAAAUUCGGCACCCUCUCGUUGUGAGAGCUUCUGCUACUGCUGGUUUCAACCACAACAUCGGCGAUAUCCUCAGCGAAGUUAACAUCUUCACUGCCACUGGCGAACCUGUCAUGUUCAGGGACCUCUGGGAUCAAAACGAGGGAAUGGCCGUGGUUGCACUUUUAAGGCACUUUGGAUGUAUAUGCUGCUGGGAAUUGGCUUCAAGUCUGAAAGAAUCAAAACCAAGAUUUGACUCAGCUGGGGUCAAGCUAAUUGCCAUUGGUGUUGGUACUCCUGAUAAAGCUCGUAUGCUUGCCGAGCGGUUACCAUUUCCUUUGGAUUGCUUAUAUGCAGAUCCUGAACGCAAGGCAUAUGAUGCUUUGGGCUUGUAUUACGGCAUUGGCCGUACCUUUUUUAACCCAGCCAGUGCUAAAGUAUUCUCAAGAUUUGAGUCUCUUAAGAAAGCUGCAAAGAACUAUACAAUUGAAGCGACCCCGGAUGACAGGAGCAGUGUCUUGCAACAGGGAGGCAUGCUUGUCUUCAAAGGGAAGCAAUUGUUGUUUGCGAGGAAAGAUGAAGGUACUGGGGAUCAUGCCCCUUUAGAGGACGUAUUCGAUAUCUGCUGCAAAGCUCCAGUUGCAUGAAGCUGCUCUAUGUAUUCCAUCAUCGUAUUUUGGAUGCUUCAGCUAGCUACAUGAAUACUUUUUCCUGAUUGACGCCAGCUUACAGUGGGCAUGGCAGAUAUCUGUGCCUGAAUGUAAGCUAGAUGAUCAACUGAAAUAUGCUUGGUGCUGGUGUAGUAUUAUUAUUCAUGUAUUCCAAUGUGUAAAAUAACCCUUAUAGAUUGCUCGCUUUUGUGAAUAUGGAUGGGUAUUAUUACAGUAAGAUGAAUGUAGAAAUCCAUGUAUGUACUCUCUCUGCCUCUGCACAUACAGAAGGAGUUAUUCUUGUUAUCCCUAUUAUUACAGUGGAGUGUUUCUUUUUCUUUCCCCCUUCA